GCUGUGCUGUAUACUCUAGUUGGUGGUCUGUAUUCGGUUGCUUAUACUGAUGUUAUUCAGCUCCUUUGCAUAUUUAUCGGACUGUGGCUGAGUAUCCCAUUUGCAAUGACAAAUAAGGCAGUGACCAAAAUAUCUACAACAGCCCCAAUAUGGAUGGGUGAAUGGCCAGUGAACUACGGAUACUGGAUUGACCAUGCAAUGCUUCUGGUAUUUGGAGGCAUUCCUUGGCAGGUGUAUUUUCAACGAGUCCUUGCUUGUAAAACUCCAGCCAAGGCACAAUUCCUGUCGUUCGCUGGYGCAUUUGGUUGUGUGAUCAUGACAAUCCCAGCUGUUUUAAUCGGAGCUAUUGGCGCAUCAACUG